AUUCGGCUAUUUAAUUGAAAUCAAAUUAAGAUAUUAGAAAAUAUUGAAGAAUUGUACACUUCGGUUUGACGAGACCAACAAAUCACUCAAUACUAACGUAUGGCCGCAUGAUAAUUUUUUGGCUACAGCGAAGAAUUUAACGGGACCACAAAUUGAAAAACUAGUGAAAUGGCUUCAGGUGGCGCCAAAAACAACCACAAUUCGUGUGAAUUUACUACAUACCUCUACUGAUAAUGUCAUAUCAUAUAUAUUGGAAACUCUUGAAAAAUGCGACUUGCCUGGUUUGCCUAUAGUUCAACGCUUACCAGACAUACCAGAGAUGAUUAUCAUACAUAGCAUUGACAAAAAUUUAAUUAAUAGACUACCAAAAUCUGGAUAUAAAGAAAUUAUAGUUGAUGUAUGUUGUGCUGCGGCUGUUUUGCGUGGAGCUCAUAUAUAUUGUCCCGGCAUUUUAGCCAUGCAAUCGAACACUAAAUUAGACGAAAUGGUCAAUAUCUUCGCGGAUGUUGAAGGAGCAUGCAGAAAAGGGACAAAUAUAGUUUAUUCGUCCAAAUCAAAACUGUUUGUAGGCAUUGGACAGGUGAAAAUGCAAAGAUUUCAAUUGUUUAGAAGUGAAUCAAAAGGAAUUGCUGUUCGUGUGCAUGAGACCGUCUCGUGCGUUCCUUCUAUUGGGAGUGAUUAUCUUGUGAAUCAACAAAGUUUACUGCAGAACUUUCCUUCGAUCGUUUGCAGCCGAGUGCUGAGCCCAAAACCGAAUGAAAUUAUUUUGGAUAUGUGCGCAUCACCUGGAAACAAAACUACACAUAUUGCACAAUUAAUGCAGGACACUGGACUUUUGAUUGCUUUAGAUAAGUCAAAGAGUCGUGUAGCUGUACUUAAAGAGAAUAUACAACGAUUUAAAUUGAAAUCUGUUCAUGUUCAUGCUUAUGACGCAACAAAAGCCCUUUCGAAACUUUGCAAAGACAAUUGGUUACCACCAUUUACGGAAGAGAGUUUUGACAGAAUUUUAUUGGAUGCGCCAUGCAGUGGUAUGGGGAAUCGGCCCGUGCUAGCUACAAAAAUGAGUCCGAAUAUUUUAUCAUCUUUUCCUAAAUUGCAAAAAAAAUUACUCGACACUGCGGUGAAAUUAUUGAAAAUUAAUGGAACUUUGGUCUACAGCACAUGUUCAGUUAUGGAAGCUGAAAAUGAGCUCAACGUUGCAUAUAUUUUGGAAAAAUAUGGACCACAAAUAGAAUUAGAAACUGCAAAUCCUUUGUUUGGAAGAAAAGGGUUACCGAAUACGGGUCUAAGUGAUUUGCAACGCGCAAUGGUACAACGCUUUGGACCUGAUCUGGAAGACUUGGAAAAUCAAGAUACCUUCAUAGAUUCAACAGGUCUCGACGUGAACUGUAAAUUUAAAACUACCAAAAGGGAUUUAUUCAGAUUGGGUGUAAAACUUCUCUUGAAUUUAUCACCCCUUUAAUGAAUUGAACGAUGGAUUUGCAGUCAUUUAGGUCGACCUACAUUGUUUGACGCUUCAUCGGGCCUUUCAUUUUUCGCACUCAUUUCCAAUUUAUAAUAUGACUCCAUUAUGAAGAAUCUGAAUUUGAUGAACAUGCGUUCAAGACUGUUUGGCACCGCGAUAUGCCGCAGCAAAGUGCAUUCUCACCAAAGGUGUGUAUUGCAUGAAUUCAAUAAUUUUAUUUGUGAAUUUGCAGGGCACUGUCUUUUAUUUGGGGGACCGAUCCACUUGGCGCUACUACAACAAGUCCCUUGGAAUCAAGCAGUUCAGCAGAAUGAUCAACAUUAAGCAUCCACCGCAAGGGGGAAACUACUACUACCGCAUAAUUCAUAUUAAUACAAUCUAGUACCACACCAAUUCUGAUAAAUUCCAAAAAAUUCUGCGCAAUUCAAUACAAUUCCAAUCAAUUCCGAUGUUUCUAAGUCAAAUUUGAUGAUAAUCAACUUCAAAAAUUGCAAAUAUAGGGUCAUUAAGCAUCUCAAAGGAAUGCUUAAGCGCAUAGAUGUUCAAUCUUAUCGAAAUAACUUCAGAUAGGGCGUUUUUAAUUGUACAUCUUCAAAUUCAAUAUUUCACUUCAAAUAGGUAAAGGCUUUAUGAUUCAGAGCUAGAAUUGAGUCUUGUAGAUCAAACCAAGUCAAAUAUGUUCUGGAAGUAAAAAUCUUCAAUAUGCAUUCAAAUGAAUGGUAAAUGUCCCUAUAUUUGCGAUAUUUUGAGUUGAUCAUCACCAAAUUUGACCAAGGAACAUCGGAA